AUAUCAGCCAUGCUUGUCACAGCGGGUUCCCUACUAGGGGCCAUUUGGACCGUGCUCCAUCUCCGGAUUUUGCUGCUGGCUGCUGUCACCUUUCUGUUCCUGGCUGAUUUCCUCAAACACCGGCGCCCCAAGAACUACCCGCCAGGGCCUUGGCGCCUGCCCUUAGUGGGUUGCUUGUUCCAUUUGGAUCCUAAACAGCCACACCUAUCCCUUCAGCAGUUUGUGAAGAAAUAUGGGAAUGUUUUAAGCCUGGAUUUUGCUAACAUUCCUUCAGUGGUUGUAACUGGCAUGCCCUUAAUCAAAGAAAUCUUUACUCAAAUGGAGCACAAUUUUUUGAAUCGCCCUGUCACUCUUCUCCGAAAACAUCUCUUUAACAAAAAUGGAUUGAUCUUCUCCAGUGGCCAGACAUGGAAGGAGCAAAGGAGGUUUGCCCUGAUGACUCUGAGGAACUUUGGACUAGGAAAGAAGAGCUUAGAGCAGCGAAUACAAGAGGAAGCCUACCACCUUGUGGAGGCCAUAAAAGAUGAGGGAGGACUGCCUUUUGACCCUCACUUCAAUAUCAACAAAGCAGUCUCUAAUAUCAUUUGCUCUGUCACCUUUGGGGAGCGCUUUGAGUACCAUGACAGUCAGUUUCAGGAGAUGCUGAGGCUACUGGAUGAGGCCAUGUGUUUGGAGUCAUCAAUGAUGUGCCAGCUCUACAAUAUCUUUCCAAGGAUACUUCAGUAUCUUCCUGGAUCACACCAAACACUUUUCAGCAACUGGAGAAAACUGAAGUUGUUUAUUUCUGAUAUUAUUAAGAAUCACCGGAGAGACUGGGAUCCAGAUGAGCCAAGGGACUUCAUUGAUGCUUUCCUCAAGGAAAUGGCAAAGUACCCAGACAAGACUACUACAAGUUUCAAUGAAGAAAACCUCAUCUGCAGUACUUUGGAUCUUUUCUUUGCUGGUACAGAGACAACAUCCACUACACUGCGCUGGGCUCUGCUCUGCAUGGCCCUGUACCCAGAAGUCCAAGAAAAAAUGCAGGCUGAGAUUGACAGAGUGAUUGGCCAAGGAAGACAGCCAAACCUGGCAGACCGAGACUCCAUGCCCUACACCAACGCCGUCAUUCACGAGGUGCAGAGAAUAGGCAACAUCAUCCCCUUUAAUGUUCCCAGGGAAGUGGCAGUUGACACCUAUUUGGCUGGAUUUAACUUGCCAAAGGGUACUAUGAUUCUAACCAACUUAACUGCACUGCACAGGGACCCUAAAGAGUGGGCCACCCCGGACACCUUCAACCCAGAGCACUUUUUGGAGAAUGGACAGUUUAAGAAGAGAGAAUCCUUUCUGCCUUUCUCAAUGGGAAAGCGAGCAUGUCUUGGAGAACAACUGGCCAGGUCCGAGCUGUUCAUUUUUAUCACUUCUCUUAUCCAAAAAUUUACCUUCAAGCCCCCGGUCAACGAGAAGCUUAGUCUGCAAUUCAGAAUGUCCGUCACCAUUUCCCCAGUCAGUCACCGCCUUUGCGCAAUUCCUAGGCUGUGAUGUCGAAGAGGAAAGUAUGAAGAAAUGGCAUCUGCAUGGAGGACACUGGUGUCUGCUCACAUUGAGGGGAUAGAAUUAAAGAUGACUGAGGGAGUGUGUGCAAUGAGACUAAGGAAAUUGAAUCAAGUUAUGGGUUCAUUAAGUAGAAAGCCACUUGUGAGCUCAAUGGUACAGCUUCACGACUGACAUCUUGCAGAGAAAAAUGAUUCUUCCAGAAAAGAAAAUGAUUACGGGAUCAUGGAGAAUGGAUUAAGUGACUAUGUAAAUCAUAAAAACGAUCAUAAAAUUUAUACCUUUACUUUGCCUCCUAUUUUUCUCCUUUCAUUGAUGUGCAUUUGCUUCUGGACUGCAGACAUAGUUCAGCUAUAUUGCUAAAAGGAGUAAAUAAGAGUUACUCUGAUUCUGCGGUGAAGGCAGUAUAGAUGUCCACCUAAAGGCUCUCCUAUUUGUCAGAUCUAUAGCUGCCUUGCCUUGCUCUGCCUCUAAGUGGUCCAUUUGAAAGUCAGUCUGGCAGGAUGACUCCCAACAGGCAGGCUAAGCAAGUGCUAUAGAAGCAGUUUCUAUGAAUUACUUAUAGCAGUAGGAUCUUGACCUUGGACCCAGGAUAUGGUAAGGAGUAACCACAGAAAAACAAAUUCUGGAAGCAUUCUGAUUCAGGAAAGAUUUCCUAUACCCAUUUAACUUUUUUUUACCUAGAAUCCUCCACUAGAAGUUUGUCCAGAAACAUUCUUUCAUAGGACUUGGCUAUGUUGGAUAUGAAUGUCACUUGCCUCUAAGAUUACAUCAUUCCAGUUACUAGCCUGAACAUACUUGGCCCUGGCACAACAUUUUUCAAUGGGGAGUAUUAAAUGAAAGAAAUUUUUUUCUGGGUGUGAUCAGUAAGGGCAAAUAACAAUGAUAAAGUAAGCUACUGACAAGAAAAUUUGACCUCCUUACUAUUAAAACAACAAAGUUGCCUAAUGAAGGACAUCACCCCAAAAUUUUUUGGUUCCCAAGAAGCUAGGCCUCAGAGAUUUAAAUGGGUUAGAGACAAAAUCACCAAUACUGGUGACUUUGUGAUUCAGUGAAAAGCUGAUUCGAGCAAAACCUUGAGAAACAGCACCAUAAACCAUGAUAGCAAGCAAGCACUUGUGUGGGGUAGCCUGAGGUUCCAUUCCAAGGUCAGGGUAUCUACAGAAAAUGGGUAAUGCUAACUCCUACACCACACGUUUGAUACUACACAGUAAAUGUGUCUCUGUAUGUGUCAGUGUUAGAGUAAUAAAAGGGGCCAAGAGGCCAGGACAUUUAAGAAGUUUCGAAAAGGACUGACUGGGAAGCCAAAGCUGGGGAUCUGAUAGGAAGGUCAGAGCCCCUGUACUAAUACCAUAGCAAACCAAACAGAGAGUGGAAAGCCUGAGAAGCAAUGGUAGUGUGAGUGGGAACAAUAUGAAUCAAGGCUUGUGAGUGAAGUUUCAGAACGGAGUCCAGCUGCAGAGAAAACAGGGCACUACUACAACUAGACAAAGAAGUGGGUUAGAUGGAUGGAUGGCCGAUUCAGACAGGCAAACAAGUAGAUGGACUGAUAGCAUUCAAAUAGACCAGGAAUACCCUGGCUGAUGGUCUUUGACACACAUUCUUGGUGAGGACCAUAGUGACUGCAGAGCUUGGUCUCCACCUUUUUAUGGGAUCCAGGUAGGGAGUUGAUAGGCCUCUUUUCUUGGUUUGGUGUGUCCAAUAGUUUUCUUUUGCCUGUAAGCUCAGACAUUCAAAACUGUUUCUUGCACAGGGCCAGAUGCUGCUGCAUUGGAUAGCCAGGCUCCCUGCAAACUGGGUCCUUCCCUUUAUUAACAAAAGUGCUCAGAAGCCCCAGUUGUGACCCCUGGAGCACACAGCCUCUUCAGGUUACAUAGCAUGGCAGGAAAGCAAGUACAGCCUCUGAUUGCCUAGACGCAAGGCAGCUUGAAUAGAAACUCCACAGCUUUUCUUCACCUGUCAGUCAUUUGUAGCUUCUAGCAUAAGCUAUAUAUUAACUUAGAGACCUCUGCUCAAUAGCAACUUACAAGAACAAGACACUUCCUUAUUCUCAUAGGCUACUGUUGCUGUCAAGAUCUAAACCUUGGAGCCUGUCUGUGUUAUUCACAGUGUUAUUAAAAGAGACUUACCUAAAA